GUACUCUUAUUAUAACCGGAUAACGGAGCGGCCGUACUUUCAUAGUUUACCAAAUAUUGGUUGCUUCUCUGGUAUUUUUUGUUGAAAUUGCUAUAAUCUUUCAAAUAAUAAGCGAGUAAUGGCUUCUGACGGGCAACAAUAUAACGAAGAAAAUUUUGCUGAUGAUCAACAGUAUUCUGAAUAUAACGAGCAAAACUAUACGGAAGGUAUGGAAGGAGGGGCCGGGGACCAGAAUCAAGAAAUGAAUGGUACUAGUAAUGAGUCUUUGCCUCCAAAAUCAGCAACAGAUGAAGACAGGUAAGAAAAUUGUCCAUUUACAUGAUUUUAAAUCUUGUAUUUUUAAACUUAAUGUUCACAUCUUAAUUGCCGCGAUUGGUAUUGCGCCAUUUUCAAAAUUCAUCGGCAAUAUUGUUUUAUUGGUUACUUUUAGAGAGGACUUUUAUUUGCUGUUUUAAUUUAAAACAAUAUCUGCCACUUACUGAGUCUCUCUUUUAUUAAUAAAACUGACUUAUUUAAACCACUUCACGUCAUUUUAUUAAUGUAACCACUGCAUCCAAUAUGGCCGAUGUGUAUGGAGCAGCCAGCUUCUUUCUACUAAGACUAAAAUGGAGAUUUUUUUUUUUACAUAGUGUUAUGAGCGUUUCGCCUUUCGGUCGCAAAAAGUAUUUUGAAGCGUUUAUCUUUAGCGAAAAUGGCUAAAUUUCCCCUUUUCAAUUGGGUUUGUUUUCUAAAUAAAGUUCCUUACUUCAAAGUGAAUUUUACCUCUGCUACGACUGACCUCUGUUACCGUUCUUUCAUUCACAAUAAAUGUAGGGUUAAUGCUCUUUUGUUCGUUAGCAGAAAAUUAUUUCAAUAUACAGCCACAGUUGAUCAUAAUUAGUCUUUUUAAAAAAUUUCUUUUCCUUGCGUAUAUGAAAUAGCAUGCAAAAGCGCGGCGUCUUUGCCACAUUUCCCACUGUUAGAGCAUGCUAAUACUUCAACAUAUAUACAAGAGUUAAAAAUAUUUCGUUAAGGUUGUUGUAAACUACGGUUGCUUUUGCAUGUGGCAUAUUUUUAUCUUAAAAGUAAUAUGAAAUUUUUGCUUAAAUUUUUAUUAAGUGUUUCAUUUUAUGAACAUUUUUUCUUAGCAGUAUUAGUAACAGUACUACCAUGUGCUUAAGAAAUAUUAAUGAAGAACUUAGUAAAAACAAAGUUGGUUUUUAAGUACAAUGCAUGAAAACAAAGUCAAGAUGUUUAAUUUACUUAAUCAAUGCUCAGGGUCAAAAGUUGAGCAGAUUAAUGUUAAUUUUUUUGUUUAUUGAUUUUUUUUGCACUGAACCUGAAUUUGAGUUUUUAUAUUAUAAUGCUUCACGGUUAUUAAUAAAUAACUGCACAUUAAAUCCAUUAUAUUUGUAUUCAAAAUAUUACUUCUAAAUUUGUUUUGUGUAAGCUUAAAGUGUAAAAUCAUUGAAUUGUUUUACAUUUUUUAAGUAUUUUUCAUAUGCAAUUGUUAAUGAUUUACUAGAAAUGUAAUAAGAAUUGUGAAUUUCUAAACUCAUUGUAAGUUUUCAUUGAGAAUAUGAUCUAUACAUUUUUUUAAAUUUAUAAAUGUUAAGUUCAGUUAAAUUCUAAAUUUUUCUGAAGUAAUAUUUCCUUAUAAACUAGCACCAUUCUUUAAAUUUAUGUACAUUGUCAUAAUCUGAAAUUGUAAUUUUGGAAACUUAUUUGAAGUUUUAACUGACCUAUAAGUGAUGAGAAGAGACAAAUAAUAACCGAAUUUUCUAUAUUGUAAAGUUUUCAUACAUUUUUAGUCAGGGAUCUGUUCAAAGAAUUUUGACAAAGCCUAUUUUAUGAAUAAAGUCAUAAUUUGAAUGUUUACAUAAUUUGACAUUUGGACUAGUUCCAUUUGUAUAGCUACCAUGCUGUAGUUUUAUGUAUUAAAAUAACAUGUCAAGUAACCAAAAUAGCAGAAAUAAGUAAGUCUUAAGUACAGUAGAACCUCUUUUAAGGAUCGCCUACUAUUUAAAACUAGUCCCAGUCCCUUGAAAUAAAGAUCUCCGUAUAUUUACCUCUAUUAAAAGGACCCAUCUUGAGAGAAAAAAUAUAUAAAAUUCCAGUAUAAAUGGAGGAAAUAUUGAAGAAUGAAGUCUUUAUAUUAAAAUUAUUUCUGAAAUUUAUAUGCAUGCAUUUCUAUCUUCGCAAUUUUUUGACAUCAACUAGAACGAUAGUGUACAGCCCCUAACAAACUUUGUAGAAAACUUGAAAUGUGUGCACUAAUUACUCUUAAUUUACAUUGAAUUCUGUUGUAAGUUUAUAUGAUACCAAUGAAAUAAUAAUAAAGUUUAAAUUUACAAAUGAUCUGUAAACACCUAAAUCUUUGGCCAGAUCCCUGCUUUUCUCAGAAUAGCAAAAUAAGGCUUAUUGAAUAGAUUUAUAGUAAUAUGUUUAAGUGAACUAUAGUUCUAAAGGAGAACUUAAAUUUUUACAUAAAUAAGACUUCGUUCAUCAUCAUCAGUUGAUAGUUAUAUUUGUUCAUAUUUUAUUUUGUAUAAAGUUUUAAGGUAAACUUGUUUAAGGUAUUAGUUCAGUGUGCUGUAAUUAAAAGUUCUUUAACAUGUUCAUCUUAAUCACUCUUGAUUUUUAUAUCUACUUUUUGAAAGCUUUAAAUUUGAAAACAAUUCUCCUAAAACCAGUAGUAAUCGAAUUGCUAAUGUUAUGAAAUAUGUUUUCUUUUACCAACUUUCUUAUUACUCGAUAUUAAACUGUAACAGGGGAGGAGGAAAAAUAGCACAUAACAAGGCAUGUACAGUCUCUAAGACCAGACUAUUUAUACAAUGUUGUUAUUUUUCUGAGAUGUACUUGGCACAUUUUUUUGCUGGUAGGAAAAAAAAUUGAAUUUUAAAUUGAUUUAACCUUUACUAAGAUUUUGCUGGGGAUAAAAAUAACUUCUACUAUAAAUAACUUGUAGUAAAGAGGAAUAUAUUAUUGUUUUUAUUUGCAAAUUGUAUCACAUUACAGAACAUUUUCUAGCAGCACUCUAGGAAUAACUCGACUUUCAUUGUUUCCUAGGACAUAUACAUUAAAUAACUUUUGAGAACAUUUCAAACGAUUCUGAAUCUAAUCUAGAAUACUUUGCAUCUCUUCUACAUUUGUGGAUUAGAUAAAAUAACUCCGUGAAAGCCAUGUGAACUACUGUUGAAAAAUGUAACAUUGUAGAUAGAUUACUAUUAAAGAAUGAUAAAGUUUCAAUGAGAUGUACAUAUCAAAUGAUGUUGAUGAGAGAAUGAUGUCAAAGAUUUGGAAACAGGAAGCUAUCGAGGGGGGAGGACAAUUCCAAGUGUGUAUUACAGAUGGUGGGGUGAAUAUUUGGUCCAUCUGUCAGAGCGCACAUCCCUUGUUAUGGGUUAAUUUUCUUAGUUGACAAAAAAAAAACUUCUUUGAAUCAAAAGCAUAUUGCAUGUAUUUGGGUGAAAGAACCGUAUUCAGUUAUUCUAUUUUGCAUGGCCUACAAUUUCGUCUAAUUUGGUUUGCUCUCCGCCACAUCUUGACUAUUAAGUAAAAAGCAUUUCUUCAGUUUCGACUUGGUUAUAACCUUGUUAUCCUGCUAGCAUUAGUUUUCAUUUUGAGACGUAUAAGAUUUCUCAGACCUCAACAUGUAUAAAUUUUUUAUUUCUCAUUUCUAGCACUUGAAUGAAGAACAUUGUUCUUGAAUUCAAAAACUUGUAAAUUGAUUUUUUUUUCUCUUGAAAUCUUUUUCAUAUCUAAAUUGUUGAUGUGCUUAUAUUACACAUAAAAUUUCAACAAGCUGAUAUUUUCAAACAUAAUCUGUUGGGGUUAAAGAAUUAAAAAAUAAGUGUUCAUUAUUUAACAUGGCAUUGUUGCAUCCACUACCCGACAAAGAAAUAGGUAUAAUUGUGAAAAUAAACACUUGUGCCGACCUUUCGAAGUCCAUCCUUUUUCAGAAUCUUCUUAUGCUUUCCUGGAUUUAACAAGAGCGUGUGAAAGCAUGAUCAACUGGAUGUCUCGGCUGGAGGUAUGUCUUUAGCUUCUGUCUUAAGCUAAAAGUGAAGAAAUGAUGCCUUCAUUAUUAUCAGAACUAUUCAUGAAGUGUAAUCUUAAAUGAAAUCCUAAAGCCUGGAAGAUUAAUUUUAAGAUUGGCAUUCAUUUCAAGUCGUUAAAUUUAAGUGAAGAAUUAAAUUCAAGGCAAGAAGCAAAUUGAUUUUUAUUUCUGAUAACAAGCUUUGUAAAAUCUUGUAAAUUGUAAAAAUGAAUUUAAUAUGCAAAAUGAUUAAUUUAUGAUCAAACUUUGUAUAAGCUUGUAAAUUGUAAUAUGAAUUAGUUAAAUAAAAAGAUACUCAAAUUUUGGAAAGUUGCAGAUAAUGGUGUUAAAGUACGUAAAAUAUUGAAUUUUGCAUGUUUUUCAAUUGUAAUGUAUCAUUGAGUGGGUUGCUCUAGUACAGUGUUUCAAGCCAUUAAGGUUUUAUUUGGUACAUUUAAUAGUAUAAAACAUAAACUAAUGUUAACAGAUUGGAAAAAGAUAAUACAGCUUGCAUAUUGUUGCCUUGGAGAAACAGGAAGAUCACAGGCAGUAAAACCUGUCUAACUACUGUUGGGACCUAAAAAAAUUAUAAGCUUGUUUUCUUUACAAACAAUUAAGACAUUUUCAUCCAUACAUAUUGUAUGGGUAUAGUAUAUUGUUUUGGAAAAAAAAAAAAAAAACCUUGGUGCUUUUAAUUUUCGAAAUAAAAAUUAAAAGCAUAUGUGCAAGCACACUAUGAUAUUUCAGGUAUAUCAAUGCUAGGAACAUCUUAGUGCAUGAGCAAUUAGGUCAGCAUUGUCACUUUUUAGUUCUUUUGUUCCUUUAAAAAAAUAUCUGGUUGACAAAAGAAAUUCCAUAUUUUUCAUCUGCAUUUACUUGUUUUGUUCUUUAAAGCUUUACUUAUUCAUUCAAUAAGUAAAGCUUUAUGAACUCCUAAUUCAUUUAAAGCUUUACUUAUAAGAUUUUGCCCUUAAUUAUUUAAUCAAGAAAUUAGCCUUGGUUUAAACCUAAAGAAGAGUUUUUUCUUGUCAAACUUGAUAUUUAAUCUCUGGAAUAACAGUGAUAUCCUACUGUUGCUUUGAGGCGAUGAUAUGAAAGGAUAACUAAAAGAAUAUUAAGGUGAUUAUUCACUUUGUAUAAAUGGGCUACCAGUGCAUUAUUGCAUUAAUGUUUUUGUAUUUAAUGUAAAUAUUGUUCUCAAUGGAUAAGUAUUGUAAAAUUAACAAAAGUAAAUUUAUAAACAUGAAUUGUAUGAAAAAUAAUGUAAAAUGAUUGUUAAUGUUAAAGAAUAUUUCUAAAUGUUAAAAUUUUUCAUUUGAAUGGACUUUUAUUUGGUUGCUUGAGAAAUGUAAUUUUCCUUUGUUAAGAUUGUACUCUAAUGUAAAAUUCCUUGAAUCACUGAUUUAAAUAAUGUUCAAGAUUUAUAUUGGUAGUCCUUCAUGCAGAAUCAAAAUGUUCUGAAAAAGUAGAUUUUGAAACACUGUGCUAGGGUAAUAUGUAAACAUAUAUUUUAACAAAUGCCUUUGUCUUCAAUAGGUAUUCCCUUGUGUCUUGAACAAGAUGACUUCUGCAAGCCACAAUGGAAACUCUUUGUUGGUGGAAUAAGCUGGGAUACUGAUCAGAAGGAUUUAAAAGAAUAUUUCUCCAAGUUUGGAGAGGUAUCAGAUGUUACAAUCAAAACUGAUCCAGCAACUGGAAAGUCAAGGGGCUUUGGAUUUAUAACUUUUGCUACUGAAGAAACUGUUGAUAAUGUAUUGAAAAAUGUGCCACAUACAAUUAAAGGAAAGCAAAUCGAUCCAAAAAGAGCAAAAGUAAGGCCUGGAAUUAAGAAGAUAUUUGUGGGUGGUUUGGAUAAUGAUUAUCCAGAAGCUGAUAUAAAAGCUUACUUUGAGAAAUAUGGAAAGGUGGAGAAUGUAGAACUGCCUUUCGACAAAGUAAAAAAUCAACGUAGACAGUUUUGUUUUGUGACAUUUGAAACUGAGCAGGCUUGUGAAACUGCCUGCAAGCAAUCAAAACAGAAGAUCGGCAAUAAAGAAUGUGAUGUAAAGAAAGCUACAAAUAAACCAGAUCCUAGAAUGGCAGGUCGAGGUGGACCAGGGGGAUCAUGGGGUCCCGGAUUUGCUGGACGGGGUGCUCGUGGUGGCAGAGGAGCUCCAAGAGGUCGAGGAGGACCUGGAUUUUCACAACCUCAAGGAUGGACUGCUCCAGGUGGUUAUGCUGGAGGCUAUGGUGGACAAGGUUAUGGUUAUAAUCAAGGUUAUGGCAGCGGCUACGGCAAUUACGGAAGUUAUGAUUAUGGAUAUGGAAGUAAUUAUGGCAGUGGAUAUGGCAAUUAUGAUUACAGUGGAUGGGGAGGCUAUAAUCAGCCUAGCGGAUAUAAUAGUACUGGUUAUAGCCAGCAACCUAGUAAUUAUGGGAAGGCACCACGACGCGGAGCUGCCACUGGAGGCACCACUAAUGCUUAUCACCCAUAUAGCCGUUAAAUAAUUGUUUGGAACUUCAAUCAUUUUUCAUCUCAUGUCUUGUACAUAGUCUGUAAUGUCUUCAUGAAAUAAAGUUUUACUCUUGUGUAAUUUUUCCCCUUAUGACUGGAAAUUUGCAUUAAAAUGGUUUUUAAGUAAUAA